AUGACCAAAUCCGAUAGCGCAACCGUCACCUUGGCGGACUAUCUCUUCACCCGACUACAGCAGCUCGGGGUCAAAUCCAUCUUCGGCGUCCCCGGCGACUACAACCUGCGCUUGCUGGACUAUGUCGAACCCUCGGGGCUACACUGGGUGGGAACUUGCAAUGAGCUCAACGCCGCCUAUGCAGCCGACGGAUACGCGCGUUUGGCCGGCUUGUCCGCCAUGAUCACCACUUUUGGCGUCGGAGAGUUGUCCGCUAUCAAUGGGAUUGCCGGCGCAUACGCAGAACGAGCGCCUGUAGUCCACAUUGUGGGCACACCUCCUCGGCCAUCUCAGGAGUCUCGCGCCCUGGUGCAUCACACCUUUGCCGACGGCGAGUACCGCCGCUUUGCCGCCAUGCACGCCCACGUCACUAUUGCCCAGACCAAUCUCAACGAUCCUCGCACCGUGCCCGAGCAGAUUGACACGGUGCUGCAGCAGGCUCUGAUCCACAACCGUCCAGUUUACAUCGAGAUUCCGGACGACAUGCCGGGUGUACUGGUGUCGGCCGCCAAUCUGUCCACCAACAUCCAGCGUCCGGCUGCCCCGACCACUGCGCAAGAGAGUACCAUCCUCACCCGCAUCGCCGACCGUAUUUACACGGCCAAACAGCCUCUGAUCCUCGUCGACGGCGAGAGUCGUGCCAUUGGCAUCCUGGAUGAAAUCAACACUCUCGUGCGCCAAACCUCCUGGCCAACCUUCACGACCGUCUCGGGCAAAGGCCUAGUGGACGAACACCAACCCAGCGUCUACGGCAACUACGCCGGCCGCCUGGGCGACCCCAAUCACAAGACCUACUUCGACCAGGCGGACCUUAUCCUCGAGUUCGGGCUGCACGCAACCGACACCAACACGUUAGGCUUCCAAACUCUCCCCAACCCCGCCACCUCCGUCACCUUCACCGACAAGGCCGUGCGCAUUGGCGACGACACCUACCGCGACCUGUCGCCCGCCUUCGUCACGCGCCUAGUGCAGAGCCUCGACUUCGGUCGCAUCUCGAAGCCCACCAACCCGCCCCAGAAGACCGUAAUCCCCACCGAAUCCCUCCCGCCGACCGGCCGCAUCACCCAGAAACACUUCUACCGGCGCGUCAACUCCCUCCUCCGUCCAGGCGACGUCGUCCUCACGGAGACCGGCACCGCCAGCUACGGCGGCCGGGAUUUCACCCUGCCGACGGGCACGCGACUGUUCGGCGCCAUCACCUGGCUCUCGAUCGGCUACAUGCUACCCGCCACCCUGGGCGCGGCGCUGGCGCAACGCGAGUUGAACCCGAACACGCCCACGCGGGCCGUCCUCUUCAUUGGCGACGGCAGUCUGCAGAUGACCGUCCAGGAACUGAGCACGAUCAUCCGCGAGAAGCUGGACGUGGUGAUCUUCCUGCUCAACAACGAGGGGUACACGAUCGAGCGGGCGAUCCACGGCCGGAAGCAGGCGUACAACGACGUGGCCCGGUGGCGGCACCACCUGGCGGCGGACUUCUUCGGGGCGGAGGACGGCCACGGCGCCCGGAACAGCUUCACCGCCAACAACUGGGAAGAGCUGGACGCGGUGCUGCAGCAGGAUGCCAUCCAGAAUGGGAAAGGCUUGCGGUGGGUGGAGGUCUUCAUGGAGAAGGAGGAUGUGGAGGGUUUGUUGAGGGUGAUUCUGGAGAAGCAGAUUGCCGCGGAGAAGGCCUGA